AUGUCUCUUGUCACUAUCAUCCAGAAGUUUGGUGAAAUAAUUGAAUGCAAACAAACCAAUUCUAUAUCAAAAGGCGAUAAAGACAAAGCUUGGAACAGAGUUCACGAAGAAUAUAAUGUCAAUGCAGAUCGCCUCCGUACUCUUGACAUGUUGAAAAAUUGUUGGAACAAUUUGAAGAAAAAGGGCAAGAGUUACGUGGCAACAGAGUCUAGCGUGAACAUGAAAACAGGAGGUGGCAUCAAAAAUUUCAAAUCCGACCCGCUCAUGGAGGAAAUAUUAAAGGUAAUUGGACGUCAGGUAGAGCCCCUCAAAAAUCCCUAUGAUUCAGAUCCUCUAUUCAUUGAGGGUGACGAUGAUGAUGGACUGGAGGAUCCAAUUGAAGGGAAUCAGGCCAUUCAUAGAUAUCUUCGAGACUCCGGGCAACUUCCAGACUGGUCAAAAAUGUCUGUGAAGAACCUGAAAAAAUCUGUGAGUUCACCUCUAGCUGAGCAAAUGAUGAAAAUACUGAAGCCUGACGAUACAACUGGACUGAAGCAAGAAAUUAAGAAAGCAGAUUUUGUUGGUGAUAAAAAAGGUGUGGUUGAUAUUAAUGAGGAUACAGACUUUGUGCAGCCACAUGAAUUUGUCGUCCUAAAGAAGGUGGAGGAAAACUCUCUUCCCUGGAAGGAUGAAUCGGAGCGCCAGGCAGAGCUGGAAAAAAGGAUCGACAUGCAAAAUCAGUUUCGCUCUUCUCCAAACAUUCUUGAUGCACCGCACGAUGGAAUCAACUUCCAACAAGAAACCGAGAGCUGUUCUGAAGAGAACAAAAUUAACAUUGAAAUCAAAAGAACUAAACUCUAUAAAGAACGCCUGAGACUCAAAAAAUUGGAUCUCAAAAAUGAUUUGCUACAGCUGCAAUUGGAGAAGAAAAGAUUGAAAUUGGAGGAUUUGAAGAAUAAUUUGGAAAGAACAACAAAGGGGGAAUGAACAAAUCUGUUAGAAUAUAG